AAGUGAGGAUGUAAUGGUUUCAGGGGGAAGUCAUGAAGUUGAUGUGAUGUGGGAACAGUUACAGCAAACAAAGAGCCAUGAGCAUGUCCACCAGAGGAAUGCCAGCUCCGCUCUGCCAGGGCUUUCUGAAGAAAAGGAAAGACAAAAUGAGGCUUCGGUGGGUGACUUACUGGUUCAGACUUUACAAUACAACUCUCUUUUUUUACACUAAAAAACAUGGGAGUGCUUUAGACCUCAGGGGGCAGUAUUACAUCUAUGAGGUUCAGUCUGUGCGGGAGGUCAGCAGAUCAGAAAACAAUCGUUUUCUAUUUGAGAUCACAAUGAAAAAUGGGAAGAAGAAAAUGCUGGCAGCCGAUACAGCUGAUGUGAGGCAGGAGUGGAUGGACCAGCUGUGGAAAGCCAUGCUGCUCAAUGGCCCUGACAGAUCUGCAUCUAUCACCAAUGGGGAGCUGGUGCCAGAUAACAACCCUGAAGUUCAAUCUAGCCAGUGUGAAGAAUCAAAUACUGAGACCAGCAGCACCUCAGUGGACAGCAGAUGUCUCUCCAUUGAUCAAGAGUCCUUCCAGUCCUUCGCUGCUGCUGAAGAGAUCCAAGACGGUUUGCACACAGACAAUGAAAUUGAGCAAAAUACUGAGGAGUUUUUGCUGACGGAAUAUGACUACGAUGUUUUGCCAUCUCAAAAAGUUGCUGAAGAAGCCAUCUAUGAUAGUCCCCAUUCCAAAUGGCCAACCAAUGAGGGAGAGCAUGGAGUGACUGAUAGCAUCUAUGAUUUCCCAAACCCUGUGAUUAGGAAACUGACUGAGCAUAGAGUUGAAUCUCUCAGCAGCAGUGAGAGGCCUGAGAGUGGUGGUCUUCUGAGUGACAUGAUUGCCUGUUUGGACAGUGAAUCUGCUGCCUGGGUCAAACCUGCUCCUUUGUGAACCCUAGGGGUCACAGUGAGCGAGACUGAGAUGACAAUACGUUUUUGUUGUUGUAGUACAUUUUACAUUUCUUCAUUAUAAAUCCAUUUUUCUUCCAGAACGUGAAUGCUCUUUAAGAUCAGUGAUAAAAUGUUUAUUGUGGAUUUUUGUUCUUAUAAUUAUUUGUCUUAAUUCUAAAUAAUAUAUUUUAAUAAAGCUACUUAACUGUUUUAAUACAAUGCAUAAAACUUUAAGGCAAAUGAAAAAAAAAUUCAGUUACUUAAUCAAUGGAUAAUUGCUAAUUUUAUUGUUUAACAGGACUGUAUAGUAAUUAUUGUUUAAAAAUAAAAAUUUCCAAUGUAA